AUGGCUGCCACCUCAAUCCAUGACCACUACACGACCCACGAGGGCUCACUCUCCCUUCCCGACGGCCACGGCCUCUACACGAAAUCAUGGCUACCCACACAGCCCGCAAAAGCCCGCCUCGUCUUCGUCCACGGCUUCAGCGACCAUUGCAACUUCUACGGCGUCCUCUUCCCUGAACUCGCGAAACAUGCCAUCGCAACGUAUUCUUUCGAUCAACGAGGAUGGGGACGAAGCGUACACUCGCCGAGUCAGAAGGGCUUGACUGGGAGUACGCAAGUCGUGAUGGAUGAUAUAACGCACUUCAUCAAGAGCUUGCCGAAGGAGGACGGAGAGGAGACACCUCUAUUUCUGAUGGGCCACAGCAUGGGCGGAGGUCAGGUGCUGUACUACGCAGCGAAGGGUGACGCGGAAGUGAAGAAGACCAUACGAGGAUACCUGGGUGAGGCACCUUCCAUCGCCUUGCGGGAGAAGCCGAACAUCGUGGUCUCGACUCUCGGCCGACUGGCGGGGAAAGUUCUCCCGCAUCGACAGAUGCUGCAGAAAUUGGAUGCGACUAAGAUUUGUCGCGAUCCGGACGUUUGUAAGGAAUGGGAUGCAGAUGCGCUCUGUCACGACACCGGCACGCUUGAGGGUCUCGCGGGUAUGUUGGAUCGCGCAGCGGAGUUGGAGGAAGGGAAGGCACGGAUUGAUGAGAGCUGUGGGGAGGGAGGCAAGACGAGGUUGUGGAUUGGGUUUGGGACUGGUGAUCACAUUUUGAGUGAGCCGGUGUGUAGGAAGUGGUUUGAGGGGUUGAAGGUGGAGGAUAAGGAGUAUAAAGUGUAUGAAGGCUGGUAUCACAAGCUGCACGCUGAGCCCGGGGACGAUAAGUUCACGUUCGCAAACGAUGUUGCGAGGUGGAUAGUGGACAGGAGUGGAGCAGUUGAUGCAUUGGGUGGUGUGGUUGGCAAGCCGAAGUUAUGA